GCUCAAGGAUCCCAUCAAUGGCAAUCACCAAUCAAAACCGUCGUCGUUUUAGUAUUGGAGAAUCGAUCUUUCGAUCAUCUCUUAGGAUGGAUGAAGAACUCAGUAAACCCGACAAUAAACGGUGUAACGGGUCAAGAAUGUAACCCGGUUCCAAAUUCUACACAAACCAUUUGUUUCACUAGUGAUGCUGAGUUUGUGGAUCCGGAUCCGGGUCAUUCGUUUGAAGCAGUUGAGCAACAGGUUUUCGGGUCCGGGUCGGGUCAGAUCCCGUCGAUGAUGGGUUUUGUAGAGCAAGCGCUUUCCAUGCCGGGAAAUUUGUCGGAGACUGUAAUGAAAGGCUUCAGGCCUGAAGCUGUUCCGGUUUAUGCCGAGCUGGUUAAAGAAUUCGCUGUGUUCGACCGGUGGUUUUCUUCGAUUCCUGGUCCGACUCAACCGAACCGGUUAUUUGUCUAUUCGGCUACUUCACAUGGUUCAACAAGCCAUGUCAAGAAACAACUCGCUCAAGGGUAUCCACAGAAGACUAUCUUCGAUUCGCUCCACAGCAACGACAUUGACUUCGGAAUAUACUUUCAGAAUAUUCCGACCACAUUGUUUUACCGUAACCUCCGACAACUAAAAUACAUUUUCAAUUUGCAUCAAUACGAUCUAAAAUUCAAGAAAGACGCAGCAAAAGGAAAGUUACCGAGCUUAACCGUCAUUGAACCGAGGUAUUUCGACCUCAAGGGCUUACCGGCCAACGAUGAUCACCCUUCGCAUGACGUGGCUAACGGUCAAAAGCUGGUUAAAGAAGUGUACGAGGCACUUAGGGCGAGUCCACAGUGGAACGAGACACUCCUAGUCAUAACUUAUGAUGAGCAUGGUGGGUUCUAUGAUCAUGUCAAGACUCCUUAUGUCGGUAUACCAAACCCGGAUGGAAAUACUGGACCGGCUCCUGGUUUCUUUAAAUUCGACCGGUUAGGUGUUCGGGUUCCUACCAUUAUGGUUUCUCCUUGGAUUAAAAAAGGAACCGUGGUGAGUGAAGCAAAAGGACCAACAGAGAGCUCAGAGUACGAGCAUUCAUCAAUACCAGCGACAAUCAAGAAACUAUUCAAUCUCUCUUCCAAUUUCUUAACACAUAGAGAUGCUUGGGCUGCUACUUUCGAAGACGUUGUUUCUCACUUAACCACUCCUCGAACCGAUUGUCCCAUGACUCUACCUGAAGUUGCACCCAUGAGAGCCACUGAGCCUAAAGAGGACGCAGCUCUUUCUGAGUUUCAGGGUGAAGUAGUUCAGCUUGCGGCGGUUCUUAACGGUGAUCAUUUCCUCAGUAGCUUCCCGGACGAAGUUGGGAAGAAGAUGACUGUGAAACAAGCUCAUGAAUAUGUCAAAGGAGCUACAUCUCGGUUCAUUAGAGCUAGUAAAGAGGCAAUGAAGCUUGGUGCCGAUAAAUCUGCCAUUGUCGAUAUGCGAUCUUCGCUCACUACACGGCCACGCAACCUGACACUGAUGGUGAAGGCGGUGACAAAUGCGACGGCUAACGGCGCCGGCGGUGAUAGAAGAGGAGAAAUUCAUAAGAUUUUUCCAGUCUCAGAGUCGCUGGCUAGAUUCGUCGGCCAAAGCGAAAUCUCUUUUUCCACCGCCAUGGAGAAAGUGAAGCAGUAUACCGAUGAUCACGAUCUCUGGAAUCCGGAGAAUAUAGAGGAGAUACUGUGCGAUGAUAACUUGAAGACGAUAUUCGAUGGCAAAGAAAAAGUCGUGAAGGCUACCGGUGGAGGUACUAUAGAAAAAUGGGGGUUCAAUGACAUUGUGAAAGUCUCAGAGCCGCUGGCUAGAUUCGUCGGGAGAAGCGAAAUCUCUUUUGUCGCCGCCUUGAGAAAAUUGCUAGAGUAUACCGUUGAUCACAACCUCUUAGAUGAGGGUGUUACUCUGCUCGAGUUUCCUUGGGUUUGAUUUUUACUUUCCUUAUGAUCGUCUUUACAUGUUUAUGCAUUUAGGGGUUGGAGUUUAUAGAGACUGUAGAAUGGUAAUGAAGGAAUUGUUGCAUGUAAACAAAUCACUUAAUCGUCGAAAAUGUUGUCUACUCACUGAAAUGUUUUGGUUUUGUUAGUGGAAUUGGUCUGUUUUGAUUGCAUAUUUUGAAAAUUUAGCUUGUAAAAUCAAGAACACACCAGUUUUGAAUAUAGAGUGUCUUUAGGU